AUGGCUUCCAAUUUCAACUGGGAUUCGCACGAAGAGGACGUCACAUCCGGAUCUCCUUAUCUCUUUUUCGGGGCUGAAUCAUUCUAUUUACAUUCCCUCGAGGCUCACGGAGGAGCGUCCCAACCCCUUAACCGAUACUUUAUGUAUUCUGAUGCCGCUAAUACACAAAUCAGCAAGGGUAUGCCACUCCUCACCCUCCUUAAUGAGAAUACGCCUAUUGACAUCGCAGCCACCUCCGGGUCUCUCUUCCCAGAGGGCACGACUACCACUAGCUCAGCGAGGUCUGGAGUCCAAUUCCCGCCGGGGGAUUUGCCCCCAACCCCGGCUGCUGUCUCUGUAUUCCUCUCGCAGGCUACCUUUGUCCCCCCUGGAGCGUGCCCCGCAAAUCUCUGCCCAGAGGGUACGCCUGUCAUAUCCGCUGCCACCUCCAGACCCCUCUUGGGUGAGGGUACAGAUUCCAGGCUUGAGACUUCCGGACAUUUACUUACCAGCUAUCCUCCCCCCGCGCGGGAUGAGACUGGGCAUAUCGACUGGGAUUGGAUCGUUGCCUCAUCCCUCUCUGGCAUUCAGGGCCACACCAUGUUCCAGUCAUUAGAACACGCCAAACGCUCUCGACUACGGAGUGCAGAGCAUCCCGAGGAUCUCACCAUUCCCCGCACGCCUGAGUUGAAGCGUGCCCUGGUUGCGAUGUUGAUGAAAGCAAUGAGGUCAACAUGCCGAGCGAUCGAUAACCAGAAGACUGUUGAUCAGUUCACCAAGUCCCACACAAAUGACGAGAUGGAGCUUGGUUGUUGGGAAAUCUUGGUAAACUGCUUCUGGUUCCUGUUUGCAUUCUCACUUGCUUACUCUGAACAGGAGGCCAUGAUAACCCGCCAUGUAGACGGCGCCCCUCGCAAUCCCCCCGCAAGAUACCGGGAACCUUCUCGAAUCAUUUUAAUAACGUUCUCGACUGCCUGGAGGUGA